UGUUGUGCUCACUGACACUGACAGUUCAUUGGGAGAUGGCAUAAAAACCGACACGUCCCACUUUUUGUUUACUUGUCCAGGUUUCUAAAGUAGUCCUGCAAGUUUGUGGCAAAAAUCUCCCGAUAACUGUUUUAGUUCGUUAAUUUUGCAUUUAUAUUGCCUUCUGCAUUGUGUCGACAAUGAGUGUUGAGCAGCCGUGCUACACGUUAAUCAAUGUGUCUUCGGACACAGAACCAUGUAAUGAAAUGCACUUGAAGAGUGAUCUAGAGAAAGGAGACACUCAGCAAAAAGUAGAAGCCCUGAAGAAAAUAAUUCGGAUGAUACUAGCAGGUGAAAGAUUGCCUGCAGGUUUUCUUAUGAUGAUCAUUCGAUAUGUUCUACCUUUGCCCGAUCACACUGCAAAAAAGUUGCUGUUGAUUUUCUGGGAAAUCGUGCCCAAAACAACCCCCGAUGGCAAACUGUUGCAGGAGAUGAUUUUGGUCUGUGAUGCCUACAGGAAAGAUCUACAACAUCCCAAUGAGUUUUUAAGGGGCUCGACAUUGCGCUUUUUGUGUAAGCUGAAGGAACCUGAAUUGCUGGAACCACUUAUGCCAUCGAUUAGAGCCUGUUUGGAGCAUAGACACAGCUACGUUCGCAGAAAUGCCGUUCUGGCGAUUUUCACCAUCUACCAAAACUUCGAAUUUUUAAUUCCUGACGCACCCGAAUUAAUUUCAAACUAUUUGGAUGGUGAACAGGAUAUGUCUUGUAAAAGAAAUGCCUUUCUGAUGUUACUUCAUGCUGACCAAGAGCGGGCCCUAUCUUACUUAAGUUCCUGUUUGGACCAAGUGACAUCCUUUGGUGAUAUAUUGCAAUUGGUUAUUGUAGAGUUGAUUUACAAGGUUUGCCAUACUAAUCCAUCCGAAAGAUCCAGAUUCAUACGUUGCAUAUAUAACUUGUUAAACUCCAGUAGUGCUGCUGUGCGAUAUGAAGCUGCUGGAACUUUGAUCACUUUAUCAAGCGCUCCCACUGCUAUAAGAGCGGCUGCUUCAUGUUAUAUUGAUUUAAUAGUAAAAGAGAGUGACAACAAUGUUAAGCUGAUUGUACUGGACAAAUUAGUUAGUCUUGGCGAGCAUCCUACUUACAACAGGGUUUUGCAAGACUUGGUUAUGGAUAUUUUAAGAGUUUUGUCUAGCCCAGACCUGGAAGUAAGGAGAAAAACUCUCAGUCUGGCAAUGGAGCUAGUUAACUCUAGAAAUAUAGAGGAAAUGGUUCUGUUUUUGAAAAAAGAAGUGUCUAAAACCAUUGACUCAGAGCAAGAGGAUACUGGCAAAUACAGACAACUUCUUGUCAGGACACUUCAUUCUUGCUCCAUAAAGUUUCCAGAUGUGGCCGCUACAGUUAUUCCAGUUUUGAUAGUGUAUCUAACUGAUAGCAACGAAUUGGCCGCUUCUGAUGUAUUAGUAUUCAUUAGAGAAGCAAUUCAGAAGUUUGAAAACUUGAGGCCUUUAAUCAUUGAGAAACUGCUUGAAUCGUUCAGAAGUAUUCAAUCUGUGAAAGUCCACAGGGCGGCUUUGUGGAUUCUGGGCGAAUACGCAACUUCUGUUCCUGACAUAGAAGCAGUUAUCAAAGAGGUGUCUCUUGCAUUGGGGGAAGGCUCUCUUAUCGCAGCAGAAAACCGUUUGAAACAAGGCGAUGUUGAGGAAAAUAAACUAGAACCAGGAAAUCAAACUGGUCCUGUUGUGACCACUUUGGUUACCUCGGAUGGCACGUAUGCUACUCAGUCGGCCUUUAAUUCGGUACAGACAUCUUCCAAAGAAAAGCGGCCACCUCUUCGACAGUAUCUGGUGGAUGGGGACUUCUUCAUUGGAGCUUCAUUGUCCUCCACUUUAACAAAACUGGCUUUACGGUAUAGCAAUCUUAGUACACCAGAAAAAAGUAAUCGCUUUGACGCACAAAUUAUGCUGAUUAUGAGUGGCAUUAUUCAUUUGGGACAAUCAGGAUUAUCUACUAAACCAAUCACAAACGACGACCGCGACCAUAUUUUGUUCUGUCUCAGAGUUAUUUCUGAUAGAUCGCAGAUUAUCACUGAUAUAUUUACGGAAUACUGUAGAAAGGCUCUUAAUGAUAUGCUUGUAGCUAAAGAGUUCGAAGAAGUCAGUUAUCAGAAAUCUAAACAGAAAACCGGCACAAAGAUUCAAACCGACGAUCCCAUUAGCUUUUUACAACUGGAAACCGAUAAAGGUGGAGAACUUGGGGAAAACGUAUUUGAAACAUCUCUGUCACAGGCUUUGAUUGGCGGCAGACUUGGCGGUGCUGAUGCUUUCGGAGCCAAUAAAUUGAAUAAAGUCACCCAACUUACAGGUCUAUCUGAUCCGGUUUACUCUGAAGCUUAUGUCCACGUUAAUCAGUACGACAUCGUCUUGGAUGUGCUGAUAGUAAACCAGUCGAACGAUACUUUGCAAAAUUGCAUUCUAGAAUUAGCCACUUUGGGAGAUUUAAAACUCGUAGAUAAGCCACAGCCUGUUGUAUUGGCUCCCAAGGAUUUUUGCAAUAUAAAGGCCAAUGUUAAGGUGUCUUCUACUGAAAAUGGCAUCAUUUUCGGCAAUAUUGUCUAUGAUCUGACUGGUGCGAUUUCGGAUCGAAACGUUGUUGUUCUUGACGACAUUCAUAUCGAUAUCAUGGAUUAUAUAGUUCCAGCUAAUUGCUCAGAUACGGAAUUUAUGAGAAUGUGGGCAGAAUUUGAAUGGGAAAAUAAGGUGACUGUUAAUACAACACUCACAGACCUAAACGAAUACCUAAAACACCUGAUAAAAAGCACAAAUAUGAAAUGUUUAACGCCCGAAAAGGCUUUGUCCGGCCAAUGUGGUUUUAUGGCGGCAAAUAUGUAUGCAAAAUCGAUAUUUGGUGAAGAUGCUUUGGCAAAUCUCAGCAUUGAAAAACCUUUUAAUAAACCUGAAGCUCCCGUGCAAGGACAUAUCAGGAUAAGAGCUAAAAGCCAGGGCAUGGCAUUGAGUUUAGGAGAUAAAAUCAACAGCAGUCAAAAAAUUAAUCAACAUAUUAAAAUUGUGUCCGCCUAAAAAACAGCGAUAAAGUAUUAUAUGCUAUCAUAUUUUUUCAUUUCUUAUUAUUGCUAUUCCUGUAAGUUAAUGUGGUCUUAGUUAUAGGGCAGUAGAAGUGUGUAAGUAAAAUACAUUAUUGGAAAUGCCUCAGUUGCUUUACGAAAGAUUGAAAAACGUCAUUACUAUUUAUAAAUAUACAAGAAACUUCAACACGGUGGAUAUCUUCACAAUUGUAUAUUUUUUUUUAAAUAUAAAUCUAUGAAUUGAUUGCUUAAAUUUGUAUGAGUUUAGCAAAGUAGCAAAAUAUAAUAUAAUUAUUGA